CGAUCAAGCAGCUGCAAUAAUGGUUCGAUUGCGUCCAUUUGCCACCACGAUCCUUGUGAUCCUGCUGGGCUGGAGUGGCUACACUCCCAGCACAGCCAUUCGCCUGGCGCAGCUCAGUGACCAGCAGCUGGAGUGGAUUUCGCAGUCGCGAGGCGGAGCCAACUUGCAGAACCGCGUGAUCGACGGCCAGGAUGCGGAGUUGGGCGAGGCCAAGUACCAGAUAUCGCUGCAGGGCAUGUACGGCGGUCACAUAUGCGGCGGAUGCAUCAUUGACGAGCGCCACAUCCUGACGGCGGCCCACUGCGUCUACGGGUACAAUCCCUCGUACCUGCGCGUGGUCACGGGCACUGUGCGCUGGGCCCAGCCGGAUGCCAUGUACUUCGUGGAGGAGCACUGGAUUCACUGCAACUACAACAGUCCCUCGUACCACAACGACAUUGCCCUGAUCCGACUGAACGAUACGAUCAAGUUCAAUGAGUACACCCAACCGGCCGAACUGCCCACUGCUCCGCUGGCCAAUGGCACGGAGCUGCUCCUCACGGGCUGGGGCUCCACGGUCCUCUGGGGCGACACCCCCGAUGUCCUGCAGAAGGCGUACCUCACCCACGUGGACUACCCCACUUGCCAAGAGAUAAACAACCGUGAUCCGCUGAACGGACCCUGCCACGUCUGCACCCUGACGAACGGCGGACAGGGUGCUUGUCACGGCGACUCUGGCGGUCCGCUGACCUGGAAGGGCAUCCUCUACGGCCUGGUCAACUGGGGCUACCCCUGCGCCGUCGGUGUUCCGGACAGCCACGCCAACGUCUACUACUACCGUGAAUGGAUCAUUAGUAUGAUUUCGGGGCGCUGCAGCACCUGCCACUGCUACGCCAGCAACUAUGCCAGCCGGUGAUUGAAACGCUUUAUUUCAAACUCUUUUUUUACAUAGGGCUUCAGUUUUUCUUUAUUCUCCUCUGUUUAAUACAUAAAGUUUUGAUAAACAUUA